AUUUCUUGAUUCUAUGGCUAACUGAAAACAUUCCAAGAGCUUCCAACUCUUGGCUUACAUGAUCAACUAUUAAGCCUAGGGUCGUGUGAGUGAUGUUCGUAGGACCUCGAACCGCUGACCAGUGACGGCUAUAUAUAUCGCGCUCAGUCCUGGAGGAAGACCCAACACCUCUUGAGUACCAUCUAAUGCCACCACUCCUCGCUCGCUCCACAACAAAAAAUUAAAACUUGUCGACAUGACCGCCGAAAACCCUCAACAUGAAUUUGUUGUUAUACAAGGCAUUCCUGUUCCCCCAGGAGAAAAGCCCGGACUUCGCCAAGAGUUCACGAAAUAGGCAAUGGAAAAGCCCGAGGAGAACAUCCAAGUCUCCCUUUUCAUCCGGGCACUCCAGUUGUUGUACAAUGAAGACUACACCAAGACUCUUUCGUACUUCCAGAUAGCCGGUAUUCACGGUUAUCCAGGAAGCGUUCGCUGGGAUAAUUCCGCUGGCCCUACGCACCUAAGCAAAGAUAAUAAGGAACAUUUUAUCUACUGUACCCACAACUUACUCACCUUUCCUACGUGGCACAGACCUUACAUGGCUCUGUUUGAGGUGUACACCUCGUGUUUCUGUUAGCCUCUGACCCAAGUCUAAUGCUAUCUCAGCAAACAAUCUACCAGUUCAUGGGCAAAGUGAUUAAAAAGCUACCUUUUAGCAGUAAGGUCGAGAAGAACGUCUGGAUCAAGGAAUCGACUCAGUGGAGACUGCUUUACUGGGACUAGGCCCUCAACCCUGAGGUUCCCAACCUGUUUAGGCCAACCACAGUGAAUAUUCGCGCACCUUUGGGAUCAGAUGGCCUGAAGCCGGAGCCAGAGAAUGUACCAAACCCUUUGUAUCAAUAUGAGUUAAGGAUAAAGGGGGAAGUUAUCAAGAUGGGAGCUCUGCCGGCACCCUUCACUGUCGACGACGUGGUCUUCGAUGGACAGAGAUUCCCG